ACGACGGACUGCGCCUGUCACACCCGCGGCUUGUUGCGGAGGAGGAGCGGGCGCCAUGGCGGUUCUGCUGGAGACCACUUUGGGCGACGUCGUCAUCGAUCUGUACACUGAGGAGCGGCCGCGCGGAAGAUAACAGGCAACAGUGUGGAGACUGUAUCAGAAUUGGGAGAAACUAGAGGCUACAGAGAUUAGUUACAGUCAGGAUCCUGUCCCCUUGGAAUGCAGAGUCUAUCAAAGAGGAUGAAACAGUACAUACACCUGCUUGAAUUUCCUGAAGUUGUGCAAAAUAAAGUAUUACAAUUAUUGUCUUAUUCACAAUGUACAGAGGGAUUUUAUCAUACAAACUGGUGAUCCUACAGGGACUGGCCGUGGAGGAGAGUCUGUUUUUGGUCAACUGUAUGGUGAUCAAGCAAGCUUUUUUGAGGCUGAAAAAGUACCAAGAAUUAAGCACAAGAAGAAAGGCACUGUGUCCAUGGUGAACAAUGGCAGUGAUCAACAUGGAUCUCAGUUUCUUAUUACUACAGGAGAUAAUCUAGAUUACCUUGAUGGUGUUCAUACAGUGUUUGGUGAGGUGACAGAAGGCAUGGACAUAAUUAAGAAAAUUAAUGAGACCUUUGUUGACAAGGAUUUUGUGCCAUAUCAAGAUAUCAGGAUAAAUCAUACAGUGAUUUUAGAUGAUCCGUUUGAUGACCCUCCUGAUUUAUUAAUUCCUGAUCGAUCACCAGAACCUACGAGGGAACAGCUAGAUAGUGGUCGAAUAGGAGCAGAUGAAGAAAUUGAUGAUUUCAAAGGAAGAUCAGCUGAAGAAGUAGAAGAAAUAAAGGCAGAAAAAGAGGCCAAAACUCAGGCUAUUCUAUUAGAAAUGGUGGGAGACCUACCUGAUGCAGAUAUUAAGCCUCCAGAAAAUGUGCUGUUUGUGUGUAAAUUGAAUCCAGUGACCACUGAUGAAGAUCUGGAGAUAAUAUUCUCAAGAUUUGGGCCAAUAAGAAGUUGUGAAGUUAUUCGGGAUUGGAAGACAGGAGAAUCCCUCUGUUAUGCUUUUAUUGAAUUUGAAAAGGAAGAAGAUUGUGAGAAGGCGUUCUUCAAAAUGGACAAUGUCCUUAUAGACGACAGAAGAAUACAUGUGGAUUUUAGCCAGUCUGUUGCAAAGGUUAAGUGGAAAGGAAAAGGUGGGAAAUACACCAAGAGUGAUUUCAAGGAAUAUGAAAAGGAACAAGAUAAACCAUCUAAUUUAGUUUUGAAAGAUAAAGUAAAGCCCAAGCAGGAUGCAAAAUAUGAUCUUGUACUAGAGGAGCAAGCAGAAGAUUCAAAAUCAAGUCACUCACACACAAGUAAAAAACACAAGAAGAAAACUCGUCACUGCUCUGAAGAACAAGAAGAUGAGGACUACAUGCCGAUCAGAAAUACUAAUCAGGAUAUCUACAGGGAGAUGGGAUUUGGUCACUAUGAAGAAGAAGAAAGCUGUUGGGAGAAACAGAAGAGUGACAAGAGAGACCGACCUCAGAACCGAAGUCGUAGCCGAUCUCGAGAAAGGGACGGCCACUACAGUAAUAGUCACAAAUCCAAGUAUCAGACCGACCCCUACGAAAGAGAACGGAAUAAAAAGAGAGACCGAAGCAGGAGUCCCAAGAAAUCCAAAGAUAAAGAAAAAUCUAAGUACAGAUGAACAAUGAAGAACCAGACAUGAGUGGCUAAUGUAUUUACUGUUGUCUAACUUAGAGCAUCAGCUGUUCAGAUUUUGUGUCAAAGCCGUUAAAGACUCUGCUUAUUUUUUUUUCACACUAGGGUUAUGGCCCUUUUCAGUUGAUACUGAUUGUAUAGGGCACAGAAAGACAAUAAAAAACUGAACAUUUUCUUUGUAUACUUUUUUACACUAAUUUUAUUGUUACACAUAAACAGUAGUCUUCAUUUUUAAAGUCUUUCACAUUUUCCACUCUUCUUUUUUUUAAAUGAAGUAUUUCAUACUUACAAAAAUUCACAAACAUGUAUAUAUAAGGUAUAAAGAAUAGUAAAUAUUUGUGUGCCCAUGAGCCAGCUUAGGAAAUAGAAUAUCUCCUACAUUUUAGAAACUCUCUUUAUGCUCUCUCCUCAAGUGAUGAUGAUUCUGAAUUUUGUAUUUGUCAUUCUCUUGCUUGUUAUAAUUUUACACCAAUGUAUGUAUUCUGAAAUGAAAUGUUAAAUUUUGUAUGUUUUUGAAUUUUAUAUAAAUGGCAUAAUGUAUGUUUACAUCUGUGACUUGCUUUUUUCAACUUAGUAUUUUUAGAGAAUCAUUCAUUUUUAUUGCUUUGUAGUAUUGUAUGAAUAGACUGCAAUUUACCCAUUCUUCUGUUAAUGGCCAUUUGGAGUUGUUGGUUUGUUUUUGUUUUUGUUAUUGCAAACAGUGCUGCUAUGAACAUUCUGUAUCUAGGAGUGAUAUUACUUGCUCACAUGGUAUGAAUAUUUUCAUCUUUACAAGAUAAUGCCAAAUUAUAUUCUGCAGUGGCUGAACCAGUUUAUACCCCGACCAGCUCUAUGUGAGUUACCUUUGUAUUACAUCAUCUCAAACACUUCUUAGUUUCAUACUUUUAAAUUUUGCCAAUGUAGUGGAUGCUUAGUGGUACCUUCUUGUGGUUUCCAGCAAGAAGACUACUAUUAUUCUUAUAUUUGUUCUUCUAUAUGUAACUUGUUCUUUUUCUCUGGCUGCUUUUCCUGUUUUCUCUUUAUCACUGCUGUUGUGCAAUUUGAUUAUGAUGUGCUUGGUGUAGUUUUUUUUCACGUUUCUUUUGCUGGGGCUGUUUACCUACAGGUUUAUGGUUUUCACCAAAUUUGGAAAAGCUAUGGGUAUUAUUUAUUUGGUUUUUUUCUGUCCCUCCCCUCCUCUCACUGUCCUAGGACUCCAAUGACUUGUUUGUUAGGCCGUCUGAUGUUGUCAUACAUUAUACUGACGCUCCAUUUGGGUGAAGUCUUUUUCUCCUGCUCCAUAUUGAGUAGUUUCCAUGGCUGUGUCCUCAAGUUCAUUAAUCUUUUCUCCUGAAGUAUCUAAUCUGUUAAUCCCAUCCAGUGUAUUUUUCACCUCAGACGUAAUUUUUUAAUUUCAGAAGUUCCAUUUGGGUCUUUUUUUUAUCCCCCAUGCUUUUCCUUAACAGGCUCAUGCUUUCCUCCAUUUUUUUUUUUUUAAACACCUGGAGUACAUUAAUAAUAGCUGUGCUAAUGUACUUGAUCAUUCUGUCAUCUGUAUCAUUUCUGGUCUAUUUCUAUUGAUUGAUUUUUUUCCCCACCCAUUAUUGAGUUGUAAUUUACUUUCCACUGGUAAUUUUUGGAUUGUACAUUGCUGUGUACUAGAGUUCUUGUGAGCUUUGUCCGGAACAUAAUUAAGUUACUUGGAAACAGUCUGAUCCUUUUAUAGCUUGCCUUUUAAGUAUAAUGAGGUAGGACCAGAAGAGCUUUUAGGGCUAAUUUGGCCCACUACUGAGGUAAUACCCUCUGAAUAAUCUCCCCUUUGCUUAGUCUCUUAGGAGAUCUCUCCUCUCUGGCUAUUGGGAACAAGAACAAUUUUGAGCCCUAUAUGAACUCCCAGGUUCUGCUGCCUGCUCUUUUCUGGUGGUUCUUUCCCACCUUCGGGUAGUUUCCUCGUGCGCAUACACCGAUUAGUAUUCAGCUGAAGACUCAGGCAAACCCUCUGUAGGUCUGGAACUCUCCCGCUGUAGUUCCCUCCUCUUUUCAGUACUCUGCCCUACAAACUGCAUCUUGGCUCUGCCAACUGUCUACCCCCAGAGAAUCCCAGGCUUUUCAGAAUCACACCCCUGUCAUAGUGCUACAGUGCAGAAGUCGCACAGUUAGCUCAGGCAAUUUGUCGCUUUCUUGUUGGUUUUCCUUCUCGAGAAUCACUGGCCUGCGCUGGCUCCUGUCCAGCAUCUGAAAAACUUGGCAGCAGAUCUUCUGUGCAGGUCUUUAGUUGUUCAAAACGGGGAGGGAAAGUCCUGGUCCUGUCAUCUCAUUUUGGCCUGAGUGGAAAUCUCGCUAUUUAAAUUUGCAUUUCCUAAAUGCUAACAAGGUUGAGCAUUUCUUGGUAUGUAUUUUUUUUUGUAAAGAUUUUAUUUAUUAAUUUGACAGAGAGAGACACAGCGAGAGCGGGAACACAAGCAGGGGGAGCGGGAGAGGGAGAAGCAGGCUUCCCGCGGAGCAGGGAGCCCGAUGCGGGGCUCGAUCCCAGGACCCUGGGACCAUGACCUGAGCCGAAGGCAGACGCUUAACGACUGAGCCACCCGGGCGCCCCUUUUUGUAUGUAUUAUAUUUGUUCCCACUUGCUCUCUGUGAAGUUUUACAUGUCUUUUGCCCAUUUUAUGUGAAGUUACUGUCUUUUUCUUACAGAAUUCUUUAAGGAGUUUUUCUUAUGGACUGUGGAUACUAAUCCAUUAUUACGAUUAGAUGUAAACAUUUUCUCUCAGUUUGUGGCUUAUUUUUUCACCUUUUUAUUGAUGCCCUUGGAAGAGCACAAGUUAUGAAUGUCUCCUCAACUUUGUAAUAUGAAAAGUUUCAUAAUACAUAAAAACACAAAAAUAACAUCCGUAUAACUUCCAUCCAGAUUUAACAGUCAAUAACACUUCGUUGUUGAACAGUUUGUAAGUAAAUUGAAAACAUCAUGACCUUUCACUUUUCAGUAUUUCACCAUGCAUUUCUUAAAAAGCAAGUGUCCUGUAUAACCACAAUAUUAUUAUCACACUUGAGAAAAUUAACAGUAAGGGUGCGUGGCUGGCUCAGUCGAUAGAGCAUGCGACUCGAUCUCAGGGUCAUGAGUUGCAGCCCCACAUUGGGUGUAGAGAUUACUUAAAAAAAAAGUAACAGUCCCAUAAUAUAUAACACAUAGUCUAUAUUUGAAUUUCCCUGAUUGUCUCAAGAAUACCAUUUUUAGCUGUUGAUUUGUUUUUAAACCCAAACUCAAGGUUCAUGCAUUGCAUGUUCUUGUCAUUUUUAUUUUCUUAAUCUAGAAGAGUUUCUUACCCAUCCAUCCCACCUCUUUUUUUUUAAUGACAUUGACUUUUUGAAGAGUUCAGGCCAGAAUAUUUCAUAGAAUGUUUCAGAUUCUGGGAGUUAUUUGAUGGUAUCUUCAUGAUGUCUUCUAGCUCUUCUGUUUCCUAUAAACUGGAAGUUAGGUCUAAAUGUUUGAUUAGAAUUAGGUUAUAUAUUUUAGGCAGAAAUUUUUAAGUUGAAUGUCAAAUUUAUUAGCCUUUCUCUGUGUGUUUUGUGCUUUUUGUAUUUUGUUUAAGAAAUCCUUAAUAAAGACAUUCUCCUAUAUUCUAAAAGUUGUAAGUAAAGCUUUGGGUUUUUUUUUUUUAAUUAAAAAAAUUAUUUGGAAAUGGAAGAAUGGUUUGGCACGAGUCAAUCUAUCAUUGUAAUUAAAUGCA